AUGGGACCGUUCAGAGUGAAGUCCUCUCAAUACUCUCCGACAUUCAGUAGCAGGCGCGCUUCCAACAGUCCCUCCCCACCUUCAAACGAAUGCUGCGCAACCCUGGGGUUGAGCUCAGCGCCACGUCAGGCUGACGUGGAGGCGGUGGUGAGAGAGGAGCUGCGUCAGCUGGCUUGUAGGCAGAUGGUGGGGGAGACGGGGUAUGCUGUGAGGGAGACCAUGAAAGCAAUGCGCGCUGCCAAGGGGGGGAGCGAGGCAGCUGGGACUCUAAGCAAACUGUAUGUUGGUGGCUCGCAGGCGGCAGGCGUAUGGCGGGAGAGACGGGUGGCGAGCCCGGCUGUCACAAUGUCCCCUCCGCCGCGCCGAGCCGCGACGGCGCAGCAUCUUACUGUACCAGUCCCAGCUCAGCCGUUGCUGCCAUACGAACGAAACCCCGACAAUGUAGGCGCUGAGCAAUGUCCGAGCUCAGCCGUUGCUGCCAUGCCGUACGAAACUCAUGCGCAUGUUCGUACGAUCGUGCGCAUGCGAGCGCUCAGCAUAUAUCAGACGUUGAACCGAACCGCCAAAAUGCCUCCCACCACGCUCGCGCGCCUCUGCGCCGUCGCCUUGGCGCUUCUCAGCGUGCUGAUGACGGCGCGCGCGCAGCCCCUGGCGGGGCCGCGGUGCGUGAACCGGUUUCCGCAGAAGCCGCUGUGCAAGUUCGUCGACGACCUCGCCGCGUCGCCGCUCACCUUCCUCGACGCGUCGACCGGCGAGACCAUCAAACUCGGCGCGUACGACGUCUACCAGGCAAGUCUGACGAAGUUCCAUCGCGACCUGCCCGACACCAAGGUGUAUGCGUACGGCGUCUCCCGCGACUCGACGCGCUACCCGGGGCCUGUGCUCGUCGCGAAACGCGGCACCACCACCAAGGUUAAGUUCGCGAAUCACAUCAAGGACAAGACGCACAUGUUCACGAUUGACCCGACGCUUAUGACGCCUAAGCUCAAGAACGGCGGUGUGCCAAUCACCGUCCAUUUGCAUGGCGGGGAGAAUCCAAGCAAAUCCGACGGCCACCCCAUGGCGUGGUACACUGCCUUCGGAGAGAACGGAUCCGAGUUCGAAUCUGAAGAGCACACCUAUCCGAACAUGCAGCGCGCAACCAUGCUGUGGUACCACGACCACACGGUUGGGAUCACCGCACUGAACGUGGUAGCGGGGAUGGCGGGGCUUUACGUUAUCCGCGACCCGCAGGGCGAGGAGCGGCGGCUGAAGAAGUGGCUGCCACGUGGCGAGCGUCAAUUGCACCUCGUGAUUGCUGACAGGAUGUUUUUCCCCAACGGAUCCAUCAAUUAUCCGAACCAGGGCUUCGUGCCAAACGUACACCCGAACUGGAUACCCGGUUACGUUGGCAAUACGAAUCUUGUAAACGGGAAGGUCUGGCCGUUCCUCAAUGUUCGGCGAGCGAUGCACCGGAUUCGCAUGGUGAAUGCAGCCAAUGCGCGCACGUACAACCUCACCUUCCAGUGCGCUGGGCGUGGCGACCACAACUUCAAUCCCCCUCUUGCUGGACCCGUGCUGCCCUUCUACCUGAUCGGUUCUGACGGAGGCUAUCUCGCCCGCCCACUCCGCCGCUCCUUCCUGCUCAGCGUCCCAGGCGCGCGUCACGACCUGCUCCUCGACUUCAAUGCAGCACCCGGAUGGUGCCGUGAUGUCAUCAUUGUCAACAGCGCCUCCAUCCCCUUCCCCACGGGACAGCCUGCUGACUGGUUCACGGGUGUGGUCAUGCGAUUCAUCAUCAACCAGCGCUCGCCCGUGAAGGCCCCUGCCCUGCCCAAGACGCUUUCGCGCAUUCCCCCAGUGGACCUCUCGCAGUCGGUGAAGCAGCGCUGGCUCACCCUAGUGUUUGUGAUCGACAAGGUGUCACAGAAACCAAGCUCCAUGCUGCUGGAUGGCAAGGCCUACAUGGAUCCUGCUACUGAGAAGCCCAAAGUGGGCACUUCGGAGCUUUGGCACAUCAUCAACCCGACAUUCGAGACGCACCCCAUCCACCUGCACCUCAUUCAGCACCGCCCCAUCACCCGCCGUCCGAUCAACUCUGGCGGGCUAAUCAACGGCACUUGUUCGCUCACACCAUCUACCUCCAAGCCCAGCUGCUUCACCGGGCCGGCCCGGCCCGUGCCGCUGCAUGAGAGGGGAUGGAAGGACACCACUGUUGCAUUCCCUGACAGUGUUCUCACCAUCUUUGUGCCGUUCAAGGGGCAGAAUGGCAAGCAGUUCCCCUUUGAUGCCACGGAGGCCCCCGGCUAUGUGUGGCACUGCCACGCACUGGAGCAUGAGGACAACGACAUGAUGAGGCCACUCAUCAUGACAUCUUAG